AUGGGUACGGAGUAUGCAUACACUACAUCGCGUCUCAGCCACGAGAACUGGGCGAAGAGCAUUGCAGAAACGGUGGCAGUUAGGCAGCUGCCGGUGGCUCAAUACAGUACUGUCGAAAGCCUGCCGAGCACUAUACGCCGUUGUACACCCAAUGCAGCCCCCCUGUACGGAGUGUGGAGUAUGCUUAUAAAUAACGUCCCACAACAGACCCAAGGUUGCUGCAACAGCCAGUUAAUUUCUUGCUUCCGUAAUGGCAAGAUUGAGUUGCGGGAGGUCAGGGCUCUAAUUCCUGCAUGUUUUAUGGAGCCCGGGGAUACGGGGCAACGAAGCUAG